AUGCCAUCGCCCGCGUACAACGCCGCACAGGCUUCCCACGGCCAUGACCACGACCUGGCAGUUCAGCUGACCUAUGUCGUCGACGUGGCCGGAAAAAUGGUACAGAUAUUACAUGCUUGUAAACAUAGCGACGGUGAUGGAACUGCGGUGGCUCGUUGCCCAAGCCCUGUCCCCGAGCUGCUCCAGGGCGACACCCUGUCCUUCCUGUCCUCCGUCCUGCGCACCUACCCCCGCGGCCCCACCAGCCGGCAAGCCCUGGCCAACUGGACCGCAGCCGCCACCGCCUUCCUGCAGGACCACCAACGAAGACAGCGCCAGCAGAGACUAACCGCACAGAGUUUGGCAGAUGCGGCAGCCGACGUGGCAGUGUUCCUGUCCUCCAAACGCGCUUUUCCCGCGCCCGCUGCCGCCACCGCGGCGGACCGGAACACGGCCGACGACAAAGGGGACGAUGUGCCGGGUCUCAUGGAGGUACCACCGAGGCCCAGAGCCAAGGGCACUGGUGCCGGCUGCAUUGGCGACAGCAGUAGCGGUGAUGGCUGUGGCAGUGGCAGCGGUGGAGAUCAUACUAGAAACAGCGCUGAGGCAGCUACAGUAACCGGAUUGCCUUCCAGGCGGGCAUUGAUGACGGCGGCAACUCCCGCUGGUAAAGCUGCUCGCAGCAGCAGCGGCAACAGCAGUAGCAAAGGAGGCUCCCGCGCCAUUGAUGUAACCAUAGGCGGGGACAGCGGCGCGGGCGACGAAGGAGAGGGCGAAGCAGAGGGCAACGCGCGGCGCCAUUCCGGAGAUGGGGGCGAUGCGGUUGAUGGCGAUAGGGAUGAGGACUGGGGCGCGACGGGCUUAGGGAGUGAUGAGUUCAGCGACGAUGAUGCCGCUGCCGACGACUUGUCCAUGAUGCCGGAGAUUCCCACCAACAUUACAGGCGUGCAGUACGGCGGUUUGCCGUUAGUACGGCGGGUUUUGCUGGCACAGCUGCUGCUGGGCUGGAUGAACGGGAUACGGCUAGGAGUUCCGGAUUUGUCCUUUGCAAUUGAGGAGGACUUCGCGCGAUUGGUUAAACAGAUGUACGAAAUUCACGUGGAAUCCGUGGCGCAACGUGCCAUCAUGGAAUACUUCCACAUCUCCAAGGCGGGCGGCACCAGCUGGACCUCAGCGGCGGGCCUCAGCGGCUGCCAGAAGCCCCGCGCCAACGCCGCUCGUGUUCGAGGUCUUGACGACGAUUGCCGCUGGAUUAACGGCACGUUACUGCGAGAUCUGGGCAUCGAAAUACAUCGGAACAGCAACGGGCAGGAGCCCCUGUCGCGGCUUGUGAGCAACAUCAAGUACAUGCUCGUACGAUUACGCACGACGCUCUUUCGAAGGCAUCCCGGUCCGGAGCUAUUUCGUCAGCUCUUUUGCAACGCGUCUGCUUCCGUAUGGGAGAUGUACUCGCCCCCCGUAGCGGACAACUACAACAUACGGACGCUGGUGGGCGAGCGUGCCUUUCACGCGCCGCUGCACGGCAUUGGGGAGGCCCAUGAGGCAGUUGCCAAGAAGCUGCUGCUGCAGUACGAUUUAGUUCUGGAUCUCAAUGCGGGUGACGCGGCUGCAGACCGGGUGAUGCGCGAGGGGCUGGGCUGGCACAAGACACUGGCUGAGGUUCGCGUUUGGACCAUAGAGCGGCUGGUAAGGAAGUCUGGCCUGGACUUGGGAGCGGCCUGCGCCCUGGGGGACUUGACGCCACUGCUUGUACGGCAAGUAUACGACCAGCGAUGGUACAGUUUCGGUCGCACUCUGAGUCACUUGGAUCAGCUGUUCCUCUCAGCAGCGGCUCACCUGGGAUUGAAGCCCUGGCCACAAGACUGGGCGCAAAAAGCGUGGGGCCUGGAGGCGGGCGCCGCAGCUUCCGCGGAUGAGGAGCUCCUGGGCCGUUGUGGGUUGCUGGGUGCGACGCAGGCGCUGCGGCAUGUUCCGCUGGGCGACUAAAUGAUGUAUGUGUGUAGGUAGGUACGUACGUACGUGAGUGGGUAGCUAGCAUCGUGUUGGCGGAUUUAAUUUGCGUGGAGUGGCGUGGGGGAAAAUGCGUAGCGCGGUUGGAGGGGUGAAGGGCGGACGUCCGGUGUGAUCAUGCGUGCUGAAAAGAGUGACGGCUUCAUGGUUGGGCGCGUCGCAUGCGGUAUAUAUAAAACAUGGCAUUAGGAAUAAUGCGCACUUGUGUUGCUGUACAUGGACAAUGUACAGGUAUGAUGUGCACGUGUAUACAUUCAAGUUCUAUGUGGAACAUGUGAUGACGUGAUUUUAAUGUGAUUGCGAUCCUCAAGAAGAGUGAGAUGGGCGAUCCAGGAAUGCAUAUUGGCGGAAAGCAUAUUUAUCCAUGCCUAGACACUUCCUUGUUGCCGACACGAUCCGUCGUGCAUAAGUCCGUACAUAUCCAUCUCGGUCGAUAGUAGAUAGUCCUUUUUGUCUUCCUGACCGGGUUCACUGCGAGGAGCGGGCGCGAUACAGCCCACCGGCCCGCUCUAGAUCUGUUAUUAUGGCCCUUUUCCAAGGGUGCUACAUUGCCUACAUGACCUUCUACCCACUUACCGAACCGUAUGACAUUGUUGUUCUCAUACUGUCGGCCUCGUAGUCGUUGACCGUUGAUAACUUCGUCUGUAGGCGGUUGCCCGCCUGCUGGCUUCUGCCUGCCGUGGU